UAUUUAAAUCGAGUUCAAGUGCAGUUUUAUCUUUAAUGAAUGCGUGAGUGCAUUCGUAGGAACUAAUCUAUUCAUCGAUUCUUAUAAAAAAUUUACGCUUUUAUGCUAAUGAUUAAAAAACAAACCCAAAUUAAUUCGAUCCAAGUGUUUACGAUCAUUCCGUGUCUCGGUUCGUUGAUUUUUCCGACAUAACUGGUAUCGGAACUGUACCUACUCACCGUCUCUGUCAAUAUGUUUAUUAUUAAACCAACUACGUCAAGUUUCGACUGUAACAAUAAAUUCGUUCAAUUAAUACGUUUUGAAAAUAAUCACGAUAGAUAAAUAAAAACUCGUUUAUAAUCAAAUGACCUCUCUGUCUUGUUCAAUAUGGUCUAGAACGUCAUUUUAUUGACAAGAUUAGUUGAGAAGAGUCAUCACUCCGCUUGAUCAGCGUCGCUUAUUUGAGUACAAUUCUUUAGCACAUGAUCGACUCGUGUCAACGGUGCUCAUAAUGUCAUACACAAUUAAAUUCAAUUGUUUUUAAUUUAAUUUGUUUGUAAGACUCUCUAUCUGUUAGUGAACCGGUGUGUAGAUUUGAACCGUGAUAAUAUAAAAAGAUAUAUUAGAGUGAGACGUAAAAUAUUACGAUGUUCAAGUGUUUGUUGUGCGUUGUUAUUGCUUUUCUGCCGGUAGACUGCUGGUAUUCUGGAGAAAGUUGCUUUGCGGGCGACCGAGCGGGCAGCUGUAAGCCUUUAUCCAACUGUCCCAGUUUAGUUAGGGAGAUUAAAAAUGCGGGAAAUCCGAUGCCAAAUUAUAUAAGAAAAAAACUACAAAAUCUGGGAUGUGGUUUCGAUAAUGAUGAGCCACUCAUUUGCUGUAGUUCAUAUUCAAAUGUCGAUGAGAGCGAACAACAAGAUCAAUCGAAUAACAAUCCCGAUCCUUGGUCAUCGAAGCCCGUUGACCAAACCGGCGCAAACGGCAAUAAAAAUCCAAAUCCCAUAAAUUCACACAAUGUUGGAGGUGAAGAAGAUAAUAAUAAAAGAGGCAAUGAUGACAAUGAAUCAAGUAUACAGUAUCACCGCACCGCACCGAAUAUACAAUACCACCGGAAUCUCGAUCUCUUGCCAAACGACUGUGGACCGAUCGAGGGGGAGAGAGUAUUUGGAGGCAAUAGGACUAGACUAUUCGAAAUGCCGUGGAUGGUUCUCUUAUCUUACGAUUCUGCUCGCGGUAUUCGAUUAAGUUGUGGUGGUACACUCAUCACUCAGUGGUAUGUCCUCACUGCAGCGCAUUGUGUAUCUUUCUUGGGCUCAAAGCUUAAGUUACGAGAGGUCAUCCUGGGAGAAUAUGACACCAGGAAAGACCCUGACUGUGAAAGGAAUGAAGGAGAACAGUUUUGCGCACCGAACGUACGAAACGUUAGAAUAGACUCCGUGCUUCCGCAUCCAGGGUAUACUCCGAAGACAUUAAGAGAUGACAUUGGUCUGAUACGUCUUGCAGAACCGGCAGACUUUUCAUCAGAUAGUAUGAAACCAAUCUGCCUACCAAAAACUCCAGAAAUUCUAUCGCAGAAACUAGAAGGAUUGCGAGGAGUGGUAGCUGGUUGGGGCGCCACAGAGGAUGGACUGCAAUCGCCAGUACUUCUCAGUGUCGAUCUGCCCAUAAUCUCUAACACAGAAUGUCAGAAUAUUUAUAACGGUUCACCAGAGAUAUAUGAUACACAAUUAUGUGCGGGAGGAGUGCCUGAUAAGGAUUCCUGUGGUGGUGAUUCCGGAGGUCCUCUCCUAUACCCUGGCAAGAAUAAAGGCGUUGGAGUCCGAUACAUUCAGCGAGGUAUCGUGUCGUACGGAUCAAAAAGGUGUGGAAUCGGUGGAUAUCCGGGAGUUUAUACAAGAGUCGUGAAUUAUAUGGACUGGAUAUUAGAUAAUAUAAGCGACUAAAAAGUAUUCGACUAAAUAAUUUUGCUAUGUAACGUCCAAAGUACAUGGAAAUCUGCAAUAUAAUUUAAUUCUUACAUUAGGUAUAUGGCUAUGUUAUAACUUUAACCUAGGACUAAUAUUUAAAUAAUAAUAAUUUAGCUCAAAUAGUGUUUAUCAAAUUAAAAGUCAUUUGUACUAUCUUAUUUCUAAUUGAGUAAGUGAGAUAGUAAGCGAUCAUAAGAAUGCAUACUUACAUAUAUUGAUAAAAACAGGGCCGGAUUUAGGGGAGGGAGCUACCGGGGCCCCGAGACCUCCACAUAAUAUUUUCUAAAAAAAAAACAUAAUUCCGACGAGUUAACAAUUUUUUUAAUGUAAUGUAAUGUCAUCUAUAAAUAUAUUAUUAAAAAAACUGAAUGACAGCAAUAAGAUUCAUGUUAUAAAAUUUAGUUAUCAUUUGAUUUCAUUUUCAAAAAUAAAGUUAUCAUUUGAUUCAUUUUCAAAAAUAAAGUUAUCAUUUGAUUUCAAUUCUGAUGAUUUAUUAAGAACACAACUAUAAAUAAAUAUAACAGCCUGAAAUUAUUAUACCAGUCAGUAAAGUAUGCUAGUUUAGAGCAACUACAGUAGCAUACCAUUAUAUAUGAGGAUUAUAUGUAUUGUUUGCGGAAAGAGUAUGCUUGUUAAAAAUGUUUGUACAAGACUGUUUGCUACUAUGCUACUUAAGGGUUUGUUUUUGUUUAAAAUUAUAUUUACAGUUUAUUUCAAAACUUAAGCGACUGAUAUUAUAGAAAAUAUUAUAAACUCUGCUGUUAAAUAAAAUGUAUUUUAAUAUUUAAAUAAAAUCUCAAUCUGUCA